AUGGCCAGCGACAACAGGGCUCCGAGCAUGGCGGGCACAUGUGCUCGCCAUGUCGUCGGCAUCCUGUUUGCUCUCAGCUUAACACUAAACAAUAGAGCAGUAGGCUACAAGGAAGUGUCCUGUGCUAUCACAUUGGAGGGAGCAAAUUGCAUAGGUCCGGCGCUCCGGCUCAAGGGACAGAGCAUUGGAUUUGUUGGCGUCGAAGUAUACAGUAGUCUAAGACCAAGACUCAGGACAGAUAAGAGACGUUGUGAAGCCUACUAG